AUGGUAUCUGAUAAAGAAACUAAUAUAUAUAACACAAUUCAUUUAUCACCGACACAAGUAGGAAAAUCUGAAAAUCAACAAGCAUUUACUUCUACUAGGCCUGAUCGUCCAAAAUCUGCUAUUGAGAAAAAAGUCACUAGAAGUGAAGAUAAAACUGUGGGCUGUUGUUGCUUAACCAAAAGUAAAAGCAAGAUGAAUCACGAUACAAUGAAGAUCAUCGAUAUAUCUAUUCUCAAAAAUGCACAUGCAAAAUAUACAUUAACAACUCCAUCGCAAAAUAUUCAUACACCUGUAAAAUCCAUUGGAUGUGUCGAAAUGAAAGAUCCAACAUUGAAUCAAACUGAAAUAAACAUACAUCAUCAAUCUGCUAUACUUAAUUCGUCAUUAACAGAUCAUAAUUGUCAUAAUUCUGAAUCUUCAGUAGAUCUGCAAAAUUUAUUUAUGGAGUCAAACGAAAAUAAAUCCUUACUUCCAUUACAUUCACGAUAUUUCGUUUCAUUUGAAUUUGCUAAUCGAGAAGAACAUUUAGUUGAAGUUGCUGAACUUGAACGUUCAUUUUAUCGAGUUUCACGUAUGAAUAUAUAUAAAACAGUACGUGAACGUUUGGCUAUAAUGGAUCUAAUUGACAUUGAUUUGACAACUUUAUUACGGGUGAUUUUACAAUCUUUUCCAUAG